AUGAGGGGGAGUGAUGCGUGGGAGGAGGCGGGAGGAGAAGGGGGCAGCAGGAGGGGACAACAUGGAGCCCAACAAGAGGGGCCGGAGAGAAUCAGAGGAGGACAGGUUGAGGGGAGCUGGGCCUCUGGGAGACCAAGGGAAGCACUGCAGAAAAUUCCAAAGGAAGACGAGAGAAAAUGGAGAAAAAGGAGAGCUAUCCCACUUCAGCCCCACAAAGGAGAGAAAGCAAGGCCAAGAAAGCCAGAGAGGUUAAGCGCCUCGCCCGAAUCACCUAGCACAGCUGGGACACAAACCAGCUGGAACUCUGAGCCCACACGCGUUGCCACUGCACUAUGCUGCCCCCCCCCAAGCAGUCUGCCACGAAGUGGAACCCACAGGAACCUUAGCUCGGGGGAAGGGUCCGUGUCCCAGCCUGCCACCCUGCCCCAGCAUGCCAGGCCUCGCUGCCCAGACCAGCUCACCAGAGUAGCAAGGGUGGCUUCUCCGUUUAAACCAGACCCUGAUGAGGAAGGCAUUACAAGGGAGCGGCGGGCUCGGAACGCAUCCUAUAACUUGCACCUGGGCCAUCUUCUGAUGUUUAGUCAACGUGACAAGCACUGCUGGCCAUCGAGCUUUGUCGGAACUCUGUCCAAGCUGGGGAGCAACCUUGCCCAUGCAAGGAGUGGCUACGGAUAUGAGGAAGCACGGUGGAUCGCUAUCUGCAUGGAUGCUGGGGCAGUUUUCCCAGGUUCAAAUCCUGUCUCUGCUUACUUACAAGUGAGGGCCCUGAUCAGUGGAGAUGCUUUGCGUCAGAAGAAUUCCCUGAGCACAUGCUGGGCCAAGCCUCGAGGAGGCAGAAAUCAAUCAGCCUUGGCAGCUGCCUCGUAGGUGCUCACAGUCACAUGAAGAUACAGGCAAGUAGGUGAACCACAGGAUAGAGGGGUGCAUGCUGAAGAGGGAUGCCCAGUAUGGUGAGAAGUGGAGGAGCCUCCAUCUCUGCUGGGGCCCAGAAGAGGCUCCCCCAUGGAGGCGAAGGUGCAUGAGGGGCUUCCAAGCAGACAUUUCCAGGGGGCUGAUGGGUAUACUAGCCCACUGCUUCACCAGGAGGUCUUGGCUGGAGACAAAGCUGGAGCCCUCUGCACCGUGAUAGUGAUUGGAAUCAGAGCAACUGAUGGCCUGAUCCAGGGCUGGUGGGAAUGAGAAGAGGCUUUUGGUCCAAACACAGACGAGUGCUCAAGAUAUCCAGGGACUGACUACCAGUGCUUGAGAAUGGAGGGGAUGUGAACUCACAGAGGAAGCCAAGGCCCUGCAGGGUGUUUUGUCAGCUUCCAGGAACGGCCAGUUCUCCCCUCUGCCAGCCCCUUUCCCUGGACAGGGACAACUUUCUUCCAGACUCUCCAGCAUUUUACAAAUGUGUUAUCAAGCACACCAGGAGGCAGGUUUCAGGUUCCCCUGCGGCAGGAACGUGUGUGCCAUAGUCCCUGGGCUCUCGGCAGAGCUCAGAGCUCAGCCGUCCCCGGAGCUUCAGGAAUGAGAACUACUUCUCCAUUCCAAGCAGCCUCCUGAGAUCUAAUUCCUUGUCACAGGAAAGAGGAAGAACAGGCUCCAGCUCCCUCAGGGUCUGUUCUCCCUCCGGGGCUGCCCUCUCACCCACCCUGCCAGGCUGCGAGCCCAGCAGAAUAGGAAGCUUAGCCACUCAUCCUCGGAGGCUCGGUGCCCGUGAGCUCUCUGCUCCUGACACAAAGAGGAACAGCAAUGAUGUGAAUUCUGCACCUCAGAGACAUGAGGAUGUGGGAGUUGAGAAUGGUCCCCCCAACUCCCCAGUAGAAAGAUUUUUUUUUCUGGGGUGACUUUGGAGAUCCAGCAUAUGCAGUGUGCAAAACUUAAAACAGAACACUCAGAAGGGUAGGAAUAUAAACACCCACCUGCUUUUCCAAGGACAUAAAAUAGCUUUUAGAGUGACACAAAGCCUCCUUUUUGUGCAUAUUUCACUCCAUAGGGCACUUCCUAAAUGAGUCGAUGAAUCUGGGUCCAGAAAUUCUAUCAUGUGACUUAACCAGCUUUUUUUUUUUUUUUUUCC